UCAGGCAAAGUAGUGGUGUUUAAUAUAGUCAUAGUGUACUGUAAGUAAUAAGUAUACACACACAGAAGCACCGUUGAAUGCAUUUUAAUUGAGCUGAUCCCAUCACCCAGUACUUCAGAAAUCUGAAAAGAAAUGGCUUGUCAAAAUCCACCUCAAGCAAGUGGAGGCAGUGGAGACCAUGCCAAGAAAGUAGCCAGUCAUUACAACCAGUUAGAGGAGGCAGGCCUUGUAGAGCGGACUCGUAGUCGCAUCUUCUACCUUAGAAAUUUCAACAAUUGGAUCAAAAGCGUGCUUAUAGGCGACACCUUGAACAAGCUAAGAGAACAAGACUAUCAGAAGAAGCUCUCAGUCCUAGAUCUGUGCUCAGGGAAGGGGGGAGACUUGUUGAAGUGGAAGAAAGGAAGGAUCCAUCAUUUAGUUUGUGCAGAUAUAGCUGCAACAUCAGUAGAACAAAGUGAAGCUCGACACAAGCAGAAUGUACAGAGAGAGAGGAACCAGAUUUUUACUGCUGAGUUUAUUGUGGCUGACUGUACCAAGGAGCGACUGAAGAUGAAAUAUUCCAACCCCAGCCAAAAGUUUGACCUGGUCAGCUGCCAGUUUUCAUUCCACUAUUGUUUUGAGAGCUAUCCCCAGGCCAUGAUGAUGUUACGUAAUGCUUGUGAAUGUCUCAAGCCUGGUGGCUACUUCAUUGGUACUACACCCAACUCUAAUGAAAUUGUGAGGCGCCUCAGAAACACAGACACCACAUCUUUUGGCAAUGAUGUCUACAGAAUUUCUUUCCCGCAUGAGGAAAAACAAAAGUUCCCUUUGUUUGGUGCAAUGUACAACUUCCAUCUAGAAGGUGUGGUCGACUGUCCAGAGUUUUUGGUCUACUUUCCCGUGCUGGAGAAAAUGGCAGCUCAGUUUGGUAUGAAGCUGGUCAACAAACACACCUUUGCUGAUUUCUUCAAGGAGAACUUACAGAGCAAAGACAACCUCUCACUUUUAAAUGCCAUGCAAGCACUGGAGCCAUAUCCACCAAUGGAGGGGACAGAACCCAUGAGCGCCAAGGAGGAGGACUAUAAAAUUGCUAAAGAAUUCCACACAUCUGUUAAUGAUUCUGAGCAGGCAGAUCAACAUCGGCGUCCGCCAAGAAUUGGGACAUUAUCUCAAGCAGAGUGGGAAGCUGCCACCAUCUACCUCGUAUUUGUGUUCCAAAAAGUUGAAGACAAAUCCCCAUUCCAGUCAAGUCCAUCAGAACAAUCUUGACAUGUUUGUGACUGAUAAUGUGACUGACAUAGACUUGUUUGUUCUGGUCCAAGUCUGAGAGGAUGGCACUGACAACACAGCUAUAGACAUUUGCUUGUGACAUACGGGGAGGGUGCCCAUAGACAUCUCAUCAUGGAGGCCGGCGAGAUUCCUGACAUGCGGACUGCUGCUGUAUUUGGCUAACAUUUUCUGACAUCUGCAACUGGUUACCAUGGUAACUGAGGACAUCUCAGCAGACUGAUGUUGACAUGACAGGCAUCUCUAUUAAAGUCAACAUCCAUUCUAG